AUGUCGUCCGAUAUCCCGGUCAACUCGGACUCCCUGACUCUCGAAGAGACCAACCGUGUCCGAGUCUCUCUCGGCCUCAAGCCCAUUGGUGAGGCUGCUGCGGAAGGCGAGGAUGUACCUGUCGAUACCGACCUGCUUGCCGAGGAGAACUAUGCCCAGCGGCGGGUAGAGAUGGCGGCGGAGAAGAAGGAGCGGGAGUUGAAGGAGAAGAUCGACAAAGCUCGGAACAGAUCGGCGCUUAACUCGAAGCUCAAGGGCACGACUCUCGGUUCGACCAAUGCGGACGAUGCGCUCAGCGCCAAGGCGUGGUUGAAGAAGCAAAAGAAGAGGGCGAAGGAUAAUGAGCGGGAUAUGGCGCAGAGACGGGCGAAGGACAUGGAAGAGCAGGAUGCGGCAGAGUAUGGAGAGCGGGACGUAGCUGGACUCAAAGUCAACCACGCCGCGGACGAUUUCGAGACUGGAGAAGAGGUCAUCCUUACGCUCAAAGACUCUCGAGUCCUCGCCGGUGAUGAGGAUGAGCUGCAGAACGUUAACCUUAUCGAAGACGAGGUGCUCAAAGCUGCCAAGGAGCGGAAACGCAAGGCUCAGGCCGCCUACACCGGGUACGACGACGAGGAAUUCGACGAGGGUCGUAUCGGUCAAAAAGCCGACAUCCUCGGCAAGUACGACGACUCGUUUGCCACCGGCAAAGUCAGGUCGGAAGGCUUCAGGCUGGGCGCCCCGCCAAAGCAGGAGGAGAAGGUGGAGGAGGAUACCGAGAUGAUUGGGUCGGCGCCGAUGACCAAGGUCAAGCUCAACUUGGACUAUGCCAAGGACUUUGAGGUGGGGGACUAUGCGAAAGAGGGCGAGGCAGGGUUCAAGAAGCCCAAGAAGAAGAAGGCGAAGCGGUCUACGAGGAAAACGGAGGUGGAUGAGGAGGAUGACGGGAUGGAGGUGGAUUCAGAGCCGAGGUUGGGCAAGAGGAAGAUGGAGGAUGGGCCGCAGAAUCUGGUGGAUGAUGAUGAUCUCCAGGCGGCGCUGGCGAGGAGUAGAAGGGAAACGGCGAGGAGAAAGCCAAAGGUCAAGGCGGAGGAUAUGGCUGCCAGGAUCGCUUCUAGCAGACAAGACGAGGAGACCGCCGCACCCCAGGAGAACGGCGACGAGGACGGCCGUAUCACAUUCGAUGACACUUCCGAGUUUGUCCGGAACGUCACCCUCGACUCGCUCUCCCGCCCCGUCAAGCGGGAACGGGCAUCUUCUGCGCAGCCCACCGCCGACGCCUCAUCCUCUUUCGCACCUGCUGCCGCCGAGCCGACCAUCAUCAAGGUCAAGAUCGAGCGCCCGGAGGACGGAGAGCUAGGCGACGAAGAUGAGGUAAUGAGCGAGGACGAGGAUGAGGGUCUUGCGGAGAUGGCAGCUCGUGAGGGGAUGAGUCUGGCCGAGUACAGGAUGAAGAUCGACGCGCAGAUGCAGGAGAUGUCGGAACUGAAGCCAGAAGAGGACGAAGAAGCAUCCGCUCCCGUCGUCGGAUCCGGUAUGUCCGGCUACCUCAACCUUCUUCGUCAAUCCGGCGCGCUCCAGAAACGAUCUACGGAGGACGCCGAGCGAGAGGAAGCGCAAGUCAAGUACGACCUCUGGAUUGCGGAUCAUCGAGCACGCAUGGCAAAGCGCGAGGUGGAGCGAUUGCAGGCUAGGAACAAGCCUGUGGAUCAGGCGCAAAAGGAGUGGGAGAACAAGAUGAGGGAGAAGAAGGAGGCGGAGGAGGCCAGGAGGGCGUAUGAGAGUUACAAGCCGGAUAUCAAUAUCGUGUAUCACGACGAAUUUGGACGGACGAUGACGCCGAAGGAAGCCUGGAAGUCUCUUUCUCACAAGUUCCACGGCAAGACAUCAGGCCGGAUGAAGACUGAAAAGCGACUCAAAAAGAUCGCCGAGGAGCGCAAGCAAGAGCAGAUGCUCGCUUCCGAUACACCUACGGGAAUGACGGAUGCCUUUUCGCGACGACAGCAAAAGACGGGGGAGGCGCAUAUGGUGCUCAGUGUAGGGAACAAGGGGAGCGUGCAGGCCCCGUCGGCGGGCAAGAAGAGGAGAUAG